ACUUGUUGCUCUUCCAAUCCGAGGAGGCGAAACACGCUUGGAACUUGAGGGAACUGUUGGGCAAAGAGGCAUGGAGUUGCUCCGUUUGGCUAGAUCUACAGACUAACUACAGUCAAGUAAACUCACUUAAAAUCAAAUAAAUGUCAAAAGAGUCGCUCUCAGUUGACGUCGAUGACGAAAUCCUUAAGGACCAGGUGUAAUUUGGACUUUCAAGUUGCAUCUGUUGGCUAACGAUCUGACAUUUAACGAUGGUCCUCGUGACCUGAGAGCUCCUCGCCGUGUUUGAGCGAACACCAGAAGGGAGUACUUCCUCUGGACCAAAAGACAGCGCCACCCGUGAAACGAGGAAAUCAUGCCCUUGCCGUUUGGCUUUAAGCUCAAAAGGACUCGAAGGUACACCGUUUCAAGCAAGAGCUGCCUUGUUACUCGGAUUCAGCUUCUGAACGGCGAGUUCGUGGAGUUUACGCUGUCGGUGGAGAGCACUGGGCAGGAAUGUUUGGAGGCAGUAGCCCAGAGACUCGAGUUAAGAGAGAUCACGUAUUUCAGUCUGUGGUACUUCAACAAGCAGAACCAGCAGAGAUGGAUCGACUUAGAGAAGGCGUUGAAGAAACAGUUGGACAAAUAUGGGCUGGAGGCCACAGUUUACUUUGGAGUUUUGUUUCACAUACCCAGUGUUACCCAACUGCAGCAGGAGAUCACAAGAUACCAGUAUUACCUACAGCUGAAGAAGGAUGUUCUGGAGGGCCGGAUCACGUGCUCGCUGGAGCAGGCUAUACGUUUAGCCAGCUUAGCAGUGCAAGCUGACUUUGGAGACUUCAAUCGAUACGACUCCCAGGAUUUUCUUCAGAAGUUUGCACUGUUCCCCAUUGACUGGAUUCAGGAUGAGCGAGUGCUGGAGGAAGCCACUCAGAAAGUGGCGAUUCUCUAUCAGUCAUACAGAGGUUUGUCUGCUCCUGAAGCAGAAAUGUUGUACAUGCAGGAGGUGGAAAAGAUGGAAGGCUAUGGCCAGGAGAGCUAUCAGGCCAAGGACAACACGGGGAUAGAUGUUACUCUGGGUUCCUGCCUUGAUGGAAUCUUUGUCAAAUAUAAGAAUGGACGUUCACCUCUAUUGUACAGGUGGCACGAAAUUACCAACAUGAGUCACAAUAGGUCCUUCUUUGGCCUGGAGCUCAGCAACAGAGAGGAGAGUGUUCAGUUCCAGACCGAGGACAUGGAAACCUCUAAAUACGUUUGCCGGAUGUGUCUGGCCAGACUAAAGUUUUAUAAGAUCAACAAGAGUAGCCUAGAGGAGAGUGCGCCCCUGCCUUCUGAGGACUCCCAGAAGUCCCUCCUCACUCUGUCCUUUCCUCGUUUUCCAAUGCUCUCUCGUACAUUUCUGCCUUCAGAUAAGGGCCAAACUCCACCUACAGCGGUCAACCUGGUCAGGCGGAGAUCUUCAACAAGAGUAACUCUGCCGAAGCAACAGGCCUACAUGAUGCCUCCUCCACAAAUGCACUACAACGGCCAUUACCCCGAGCCUUACACGUCGUCACAAGACAACCUGUACGUGAACACUCAGAAUGGUUAUUACUACCACUCUCAGACCAGCCUGGACCGCUCUCCCCUGGAAUACGGCGGCGGGGGGCGUCUGCGUAACGGCAGCGUGUACAGCGCCCACAGCACCAGCUCCCUGAACAACCCCCAGGCCUACCUUCAGCCCUCGCCCAUGUCGUCCAACCCCUCCAUCACGAGCGACGUCACGCGGCCGGAUUACGUUCCCUCUCACCGCCACAGCGCCCUCAUCCCGCCGUCUUACCGCGCCACGCCCGAUUACGAGACGGUGAUGCGGCAGAAGAACAGAGGAAUGGGGGGAGGGAUGGUUCUGUCUCAGGAACACCGGCAGAGCCACUCCAUGAGGAACCUGAACAUCGGGAACUCGUACGCCUACAGUAGACCGGACCCUCUGGUUUACAGCCAACCGGAGAUCCGAGUAGAGUACGGCGGAGCGUCGCAGCAUCACCAGUAUCCCUUUCACCUGGGCUCCAGCUUCCACAGCCCGUCUCCGUACCCUUACCCUGCGGAGCGAAGGCCCGUCGUUGGAGCGGUCAGCGUCCCAGAGCUCACCAACGUCCAGCUGCAGCAGGCGCAGGAGUAUCCGGCCCCCAACAUCAUGAGAACUCAGGUCUACCGGCCGCCGCCGCCGUACCCGUACGCUCACCCGCGUCCCGCCAACAGCACGCCCGACCUGUCCCGUCACCUGUACGUCAGCAGCAGCAACCCGGACCUGAUCAUCACAAGACGCGUCCACCACUCGGUGCAGACCUUCCAGGAGGACAGCCUGCCCGUGGCGCACUCCUUACAGGAGGUCUCGGAGCCUCUUUUCAGCGGACCGCCGCACCGGCAGCCGUACCACGCUCAAAAGCGAAACUCCAUCGAGAUCGCCGGCUUGGCUCACAGCCUGGAGGCGGUGAGGGUCAAAGAGAGGACCGUGUCCUCCUCGGCGGCGGAAGCGGCAACCCCGCCUCCUGCAGGCCACGCUGGUCAAUCCCAGGGGUCCCAGCAUGGCGUGUUUUUAGAGCACACCAAGACGGGGGAGAGGGGAGACGCAAAAGAGGGCGCGCAGUACGGACACAAGAAGUCCCUGUCUGACGCGACCAUGCUAGUUCACAGCAGCGGGGAAGACGAAGAGUUGGAGGAGGACGGCGGGCGCCACACUCCUCUUUCACAGGAAGCAGCGUCAGGAGUCGGUCCAGACCAGCAGCACCGCAGCCUGACGUCUCUCUCCUCUCUGACGACUCAGCCGCAGAUUCCCAAGGAGCCGCCUCCCGCGUACCCCAUAGGCUCCGCCCUGGACCCCUCCUUAACCAGCUCCUUGGUCUACAAAGUUCACCCCCGCAUCCACAAAGGAGAGCCGCUUUACCUGCUGUCAGAUUUAAGGCAACCUGAAAUCAUGCCCUCCGUGUCGGAGGGGGACGUGAGUGAGCACGACAAUCAAAAGCCUAAGAAAGACUUCGGCAAGGGACCCGUGUUUGCUCCGCCUGCCGGAGGAGAAACAUUGGAGGGCUUACCUCCUCCGGGGAUGAAGAAAGGAUCCAGGUCGGAGGGGAGGAAGAUGGGCCCCCUGAAGCUGGCCCGUAACAACGGCCUGUCGGUGUUCAGGAAAGUCGUUCCAAACGAGGUCAAAGACGAGCCAGAGCCGCCGUCCAACCAUGAGAAAUGUGAAUUGCUGGAGCAGCACGUGGAAAAGGGGAACCUGCUGAAAGAGUUCGAGAGCGUCCCGAAGCGUGUUCCUGAAGGGGAAUGCACCAUCGCCCUGCUUCCAGAGAACAGGGACAAGAACCGCUUCAUGGACGUCCUGCCUUACGACAGCACGAGAGUGGAGCUGGUUCCCACUAAAGAGAACAACACGGGCUACAUCAACGCGUCGCACGUCAAGGUAACGUUGGGUGGACAGGAGUGGAGUUACAUCGCUGCACAGGCUCCCCUGUCUCACACAUGUCCAGACUUUUGGCAGAUGGUCUGGGAGGAAGGCGUCACCAUUAUCGCCAUGGUUACUGCUGAAGAGGAGAACGGUCGAGAGAAGUGUUUCCGCUACUGGCCUCGUCUCGGCUCCCGGCACAACACGGUGACGUACGGACGAUUCCGGAUCACCACGCGCUUCAGAACCGAAUCUGGCUGCUACGCUACCACGGGGCUGAAGAUCAAAAACCUGGUGAAGGAACAGGAGAGGACAGUCUGGCACCUGCAGUACACAGACUGGCCCGACCACGGCUGUCCAGAGGACUUUAAAGGCUUCCUCACGUACCUAGAGGAGAUCCAGUCUGUGAGGAGACACACGAACGCCAUCAGCGACCCGAAGAACACCAACCCAGUGCUGGUCCACUGCAGCGCCGGAGUGGGCCGGUCCGGAGUCGUCAUGCUCUCCGAGGUCAUGAUCGCCUGUCUGGAGCACAACGAGGUGCUGACCGUCCCAGAGGUGCUGAGGCUGCUGCGCGACCAGCGGAUGUUGAUGGUCCAGACGCUGUCUCAGUACACGUUCGUCUACAAGGUGCUCAUCGAGUACCUUCGCAAUUCCAGGCUCAUCUGACGGCCGCCGUCACGGAUUACCAGCGCCAAGCAUUUAUGAUGCACCGCGCCGAGGCAACCGCUCAUCUCCGCUUGAAGCGUGGACGCCAAAAUCAGGACCCGGUUAUCGCCAAGUAUUAAAUAAUGUUUGUUCUAAGAAGCGAACCGCUUAUAUAAGAGUGAGAUGAAACGCCACAUGAAGAAACUCAGACUGUGACCUGCCUCUUAACAGUAUUAUCUGAAGAUAUUCAAUUAUUAUUAUUUUUUUUUUUACAAAUACAUAUUGUUUAAUAAAGCCCAGCACUUUGAUAGCACCACGUGUACAUAAUGAAGCAACCCUAAGCUGCAUAAAACAGUCACACGUGAUUGAAAACGCGCUCAUUUGAUGAAGGAUACUUUUGAAGUUAUAUAAAGGUGCAUCUCAAUAAAUAAGGAAAUCUUUGAUAAUGUUACCUGCUAGUAAUUUGAUUCAAAAAGUGAAACUGCAUGGAAACGUUUUUUUUUUUUUGAUAAAAUGCGGCUCGCAGAUAAUCAAAACCCAAGAUUCAGUUUCUCUGAUAAUUUUGAAUAUUACAGAAGACUAAUAAAAAUAAAAUAGGAGUGUCCAGGGAAAAUGUGUCCCAGGUCCUGCACCAGGAGCGUCCUAACAUGUUCUGGAUACGCUGGUGUAUGGUGGCUCCAGUCAAUCUCCUCCAAACCCUUGAAUGGUCUUUGCUCCUCUAUUCUUUUCCCAGCCUGCAUGUAUCCCAGUUUUUUUAUUUUUUUUAUUUCUAUCAAACUUUUUCCUUCCACUCAACUUUCUUUUGAAUGUUCUCUGAUGCAAACGAGAGCCGGCUCUAGUAGUAGCUUCCCCCACCUGACCGUCGCUCAUCGCACAACAUUUCUAGACGUAACAUUUUCUGGGUUUAUGUGAUAUUCAAACUGUCGGAUGAAACUGAAUUGUCGGGUUUUUAUUAGCUGCAAGUUGUAAUCGUCGAACUCACACCCAGACCAGAUCGCGGUGGAAUAAAUCUACGCUAAUGCGUUUCACUUUUUGAACUGAAGGAUAUACGUUGGAUUAUAUUUCACUUGUUGCCAGGAGGAGGGACCUUUCUGCUGUCUGAUGGGAAAGCUGAGAAAGUAGGUUAUUGUUUCCUAGAGUUAGGAUGGGAACAAUCAGGCUGUUUGCAUAGAAAGUAUUCAUCUGCAGUGUUGAACUAAAUCCUCUUUUGGCUCCGUGAGAGGAUCUAAAACCCGAACGCCUGCUGGAUGAGGGACUCUAAGGACAGGUCUUUGUGAAACACUGGACGGAUGAGGAUUGGAAAGUAGAGAAGAGGGGAAAUUAAGGGGAGGGGGGGGGUUGUAUUUAUUUUUAUAAAAUGUCAGGAUUUGCGGUUUAAAACGAUUGGGUUUUGUAUUUAAGAACUUACUGUUGAACUGUGUUGCUGUAACUAAAAACAAACUAAGCUGGUAUUUUUUUCAACGUGCCUUAAAAACCUGGCACUACAGGGUUCCUGUGUUUUGUAAGCUCAGAAGGACAUGCUUCUAAUUUAGCGUAAUUUAUUGAAGUGAUGAAACCUUUUUGUAAAGGUGAUAUGAAUGAAGUUGGUGAUUAUUUUUCCUGUAAAAUAAAUAAAUAAAUCAGAGGCUCUAUAGCCGUGAGCGUCUCCGGUUCCAGCGCUCGUUCGCAGCCCGGUGAGAAACGACGGCCAACAGAACGGCCUCCUGACUAUUAACGCCAAUAGUUUAUUUCUGUCUGGAGUUCAAACUGCACAGAAGCAACGUUUACAGGCCCAGGAGCAGCUCUGCGACAACAAAACGUUCUGGUUUGAUUGAUGUUGACAAGUUUUUCCCCAAGACGCGGUGAUGUGAACCGAAGGAAAAUGCUUUCAGAUUGGUUUUAAUUUCAUUGUUACAAAGAAGUUUGGAGCGUAAAUGUUUGUCCGUGUACAGGUACUUUUCUCAUGUGUAAAUUCUGCUUUAAUGAAUGUAAAAAAAAAUGUUUAUAAACUAUAUGUAUUAAAGAAAACGUGCCAUGUUACAGAGGAAA